GGCAUUCUCAAGAACUAUUCUGAGUUUUCUUAAUGGACUUUAUAGAUAAAAAUGACCUAUAUAAUCAAACACGAUUAAUUUUUCUUAUUAAUGAGACUUCCUAAUUACAACAUUAACCUCUUCAAUCAAGUAAAAAAAAAGUUUGAACGCGUAUUUUUUUAUUAGUCAACAACAGUUUAAAAAUUAUUUUAUUUAUUUAUUAAAGAUAUACAUAAAGAAGCUAUUUUAUUUUAUAUGAUUUCACUUAAUGUUUUUUUACUAAUGUAAAAAAAUAAAAAGCAUGACACCAAGUUCUUUGUCCCCGCAUUACGCGGCUCAAUCUCCCUCAGGACGUAAACCUGACUUGGUAGCGAAGGAGGUGUGGGAAUGGUGUUAAUCCGUGGCGUAAGACAACAACCGGGUUCAUCCCAACUACCCUAUCUCAUCACUGAGAAGGGCCUGCGAACGUACCAGAGAAACCUACCACAAAGUAGCAGGGUCCAGCGUGUUCGACUACCAAGCAACACCGUCAGUUCCAGAGAGCUUCGAACAAGGAUUUCAUGAAGAGUCGGCAGUAAACUCCACUUCCUCCCCGUCCUCCACUCAAUAAACUUUCAUGAUGCUAACUCGGCGGCAGCUUUUUUU